ACACACCCACACACACAUACAUACACACACCGCUCCUGCAGCCUGCUCGCCACACACCAACCCGGGGGAGCAAUCGAGACCACAUCUGAGCCAGCAGAACAAUGCAAGGAUCCGAUCCGAGGAUCCCCAACCGCGAUCCGAGUUGAGGGGUGGGAGGGGGGGAAGUCAUCGGGGGAUGCCUGGCUGCAGUUUGGCUCAGAGAAAGUUUUUUCUUGGUGAGGUUACUGUACAAUUUUUUUGUACCCCCCUUUUUGGGGUUUAUUUGAUGUUUGUUGUCAGUGACCUGUGACCGAUUCUUGGUCCGAUCUACGUGCUAGUGUGUGAACUCUGUUUGUAGCACCGCCCCGUCUCCUCCUCUUGCACACAGUCCCCGUGCUACCCCCCUAUCUUGUGGUACCAUGCAUUCCUCCUGGCUCAGCUCCUUGAUCCAAUAAACCCGAGGAGGGUCGACUACUACGGACUCGUCAUCACCUCAGCCACCCACCCCUCCCACUCUCCCACGAAACACCUCUCACCCCACCUCAUCUGCCCACCUGUCUUGGGUUGGGGGGGGGGGGGGCAGGCGUUUGGGGACCGCAGCAUCAUGCAAGACACACCGUGGCCCCUGUAGUAAGUUGGACCUGGCGGAGGAAUUGCGUGAUAUCUCUCUGGGUUAGUAAGGCCUAGACGCGAAACACCCCCACUACAACAACAACAACAAACCUACAAACAAAAAAAAGCCCCCCCCCCCCCCCCCAGAAGACUCCUCUCGCUCACAGUUUGGCAGAAGAAGAAGGAGACAAGCCCACCGCUCGCUCUGAUGUUCGACCAGGCAACGAGGAUGGGGGACGCCAUGGCCGAGGAGAGGGGGCACCACUGCGGCUCCAACUCGUCGCUCGCGGAACGCAUGAUGGACUCCAAGUGCCGCGCAGAGAUCGGGAGCAAGUCUCCAGCGCACAGCAGUAGCACCACCACGGACACCCCGGGCACGUCCUCCUCCACGCCCACGUCCUCCAGCGAGGACGGCCACGACAAACUUUUAGGGGUGGACCCCGAUUACUGUCGCCGGAUUCUCGUAAGGGAUGCUAAAGGCACCAUCCGGGAGAUCGUUCUGCCCAAGGGGCUCGACCUGGACCGGCCGAAGCGCACGCGGACCUCCUUCACGGCGGAGCAGCUGUACCGGCUCGAGCUCGAGUUCCAGCGGUGUCAGUACGUGGUGGGGCGCGAAAGAACCGAGCUCGCGAGGCAGCUGAAUCUGUCUGAAACCCAGGUAGGCCUAAUACGAGAAUGCUUACUUCUUUUUAAAAACUUUUUCCAAGAUAUAUAAUGUGUCUUCAACUAUUAUUGGGGUUCUUUCUUGUUUGUUUUAUGGUAUGCAAUUAUUUAUAGAUCCAUACUUUUAAACAGCCAAUAAACAUCAUGCUCGUUCACAAGACUAGGCCCUAUCGAGGCCUCACUGUGUCCAUUUGCCCGUUUCCUGCCUUUUGUUUGCCUCUCUAUUAUACAUGAACACGUUUGGAUCGAGGGGAUGUUUUUUUAAUGUAUUUUUCAGAAUCACAAAUCGACUGUCUGUGAGCCGAUUGCUUCACUGAUCUAGAAGGAGAACGGAAACCCUUUUUGCACGUCAUUUUGGAACAGCGCGCGGACGAAACGUGCAACACGGGAAGACAAACCGUUACUGAAUUAUACACCACGUUCAGAGGUCUGGACAGUACCACUGCAUUUUAAUAUAGGGGAGCUCGGGUGGAUUCAACUCGGGAUUGAGGAUGUAUUGAAAGGAAAUAUUUCGGGGGAAAUGAAGUAGGGCCAAUCCUGUCCAAUCAAGUAGCCAAACGAAAUAAGUUAACCCUUUACUUCACCUAAAAUACAUAUCAAUAGCAGAUGCAGGCCUGCACUUUUAAACACUAUAGCAAUGCUGAUAGCCAUGUGCUACACCUAUGUUUUUUAAAUGACUAAAUCCCGGCCUGCGUCUCUCUUCCUUUAAUAUUCAGUUCGUCGAGAAUCAUUACAGCUAAAUCCAUACAUUUAUAUCCCUCCGCGUCGCUGCUUUGCUGACCUCUGACCUGGAGGCCAUACAGAGCUGUAUAAUGGGAGAAAUUAGAUCUUAGGAUAUAACAUGCUUUCCACGAAAUCUGCUUUCGUUGACAUUUCAGCCGUUCCAGCAGCCUCCGACUCGGGACGCUUAUGAGUAGUCAUGCAAUGACCGUUCAUAUAGGCUAGCCCUUUAAGCACAAUGUUUAUUUGAUGGAUUAUAAAUUAUUAUUAUUAAUAUCAUUAUUAGUAUUCCUAAUAUUUGGAAUAUUGGUAAGAGAGUAGGUUAGUAUUAGUAUUGGUCGUAGUAGUAGUAGGAGGCCUAAUAGGCCAAUAGUAGGCCUACCUAUAAUUAUUGUUGUUUUAAUUAUGUUGGUUUCAAGAUUUAUAAUGAUGAUCAAUACCUACUUCUACAAUAAUAAUAAUAAUCUUAAUAAUAAUAAUAAUAAUACCAACAAAUAAUUUACUGAAUGAGCUUUUACACCGAGCUGCGUGUAACGCCUGCGUUUGCGUCAAGUGAUCAAUGUUAUUAUUAUUAGUAGUAUAGUAUUAUCAUGGUGACAAUAGUAGUUUGGGGAUUAUAACAUAAAUAAAAGUUAAACAGCAAAACCACUUCCCUUGAGAAAUAAAGAUGACCAGAGUGAUUUGAAUGAGUAGGGUAAUGGCAUCCGUUCGUUUAUCACAGACAUUCUAGUCUUGCAUUGGCACAUCGAUCUUCAUAAAAGACACGCCUGGUAGAGGAUCUCCGAGCAAAACAUAAUUCGAUUCGAUAAAUCAAGAUUCGAUCAAAUAAAUAACUAUGUGUAGACUUAAAGAGGAAAACUGUGGACAACCCAGGAGAAUUCAUGCAGAUUUAGUACGACAGAACCCCAGACCCACCAGAUCCACUGUGUGCAAGUCGGUUGAUUUGACCGCAGGUGUGCGAGGGAGAGACGGGAGGUUUCUGCUUGUGCUUUAGGCACGACAUAAAGCGAGGGCGUGAUAAUAGCUUCAUUAAAUGGAGCCAUACAUCAGAAUUAAGCCUGCAGUCAAAGUAUACCUGCACAUUUUUUGCACGAUGCAGCGUAUUGUGGCUUUAGGCUAGCCAAUUCGCCAGUCGUGCCGAAUAAGUUGUAAAAACACAUUUGACCACUUGUAACCUUGUUCAGAUGCUUUUAAGGGUGCAUUAGUUACCUUUCUGCCCCGUUUUGUGGUGCUCGAAAUUCAGAUCAAAGCUAUGCAAAGGCAUUCACUUUAUUAUAGGCACGUUUUCUAUUUCAUGUUCUAUGUGGGCCACCUAUACAACGUAAGCCUGCUAUGUAUUAACAUAUAUUUUUGCUGUUCCAAUUCGUUCUUAGGGACGCCCCUCUAUAUAUUGCAUUUGUAAAAUAUAGAUACAUAAAUUACACCAGUGAUGUUAUUCAGGACCCUGGCACAUUAGGAUGUUGUUGGCUGGAGGCCAAAACACUAUUGGUGCACGUCAUACAGAUUAAGUGAUUAGAUUUGGGAAUUAAAACAGUGCACCUUUUUACGCGAGCGACUUUUUGCAACUUUUCGGAACGCGGCCCAUGACCCACAGGGGAACUCAGAUUAGUGCCGUCAGCCUGGCCUUUUAAGAAGGAUCCCGCAUACACACGCACACUAACGCUAGUUAUUUACUUUCUUUAUUCGUUUAAAAUGUUUUUUAUUUGUUAUAAAUAAACAUAUCAUUACGAUGUUAAACAUUGCUUGGUAUGGUUUAAACUUUAGACCAUCAACGACCACCAUUGAGUCAAAACGGAGACCUGUGUUUCGGAAACAAACAAAAAAAGACUAAGGUGCGAAAAGCUGAACCCAAAUGUGUCCGAGGGGUCACCAUUAGGCCGUCAUCCCGGUAGGGGGCUUUCUCGCCCCCCUCCCUCUAAUAUGCACGCGAUCCAUUGCACACAGGAGAUAAGCCUGAAAUGUUUAUUGGAUUUAAAACUUUUCGUUAUAUUAACUUUGUGACUAUGACUAAGGCUUUCAUGCAAAGACCUUAAUUGCUUUUGCAAUUUUAUCCAUUCAAAGAAAGUUGAAGUUAUAGGACUAUUUAUACAUGUGAACACAACUCUGCCUUAAUAGCAAUAAAGUAACUAACUCUAAAAUCCCAGCAUUUAUUGUUGUGCCAAUGCCUUUAUUUUUUUAAUUGAAAACACAAUUAAUUUAGAAGAUCACUCAAAAAUACAGGAAACCUUUUGGUGUGUCCGCACAUCCUGAUUGGACUGUGGUCUUUACUCGGCACAAGGGUGUAAAUGUUGAUCAGAAGGGCCUGAUGAUGAAGAUGGAGAAGCAGGUAGCUCUGUAAGAGUCCAACACAUCCGGGAUCCAUUUUAAAAAACAGUUGCAUUUAAAUACGCAGUGUCUAAGAUGUUUAUUAUAUGCUGUGAUGAUAACACGUUGGGGAUUAUUUAAUGUUUCCUAUAGUUUUGUAAACUUUAUUCCCAGAUGGUGGGACUUACAAGAAGUGUGUGUGUGUGUGUGUGUGUGUGUGUGUGUGUGUGUGUGUGUGUGUGUGUGUGUGUGUGUGUGUGUGUGUGUGUGUGUGUGUGUGUGUGUGUGUGUGUGUGUGUGUGUGUGUGUGUGUGUGAGUUAG